CGGCUCUUAGCGACUGGCAGGCGCCAUGGCGGCCGCUCGCAGCGACAUGGCGGAGCCGGAGGGGCUGCUUCCCGGCCAGGCGGCGGCCGCCGAGGAGGAGGACGCGGCUGCCGCUGUCGCUGCGGCUGCCGCUGUCGCUGCUGCUGCCGCCGCCGCCGGCAGCUCCUCGUCGUCGCCUUCGUCCUUGUUGUCGUCGGUGGCGGCCGCCGCGGAGCCGGAGCCGCUGCUGGUGCUGAACGGCGAGGCGGAGAGCAUGUCGGAGCCCAGCCCGGAGAGCGCCAGCCAGGCCGGGGACGGGGAGGACGAGGACGACGAGGAAGAGGAGGAGGAGGAGGAGGAAGAAGACGAGGAGGAGGAAGAGGAGGAGGAGGAAGGCGGCGAGGAGGAGGCGAGCAGCCUGGUGGGGAGCAGCAGCGGCAGCACGAGCAGCGGCUGCUGCAGCGACGAGACCCGCUCGCUCAGCCCCGGCGGCAGCAGCGAGGCCGACGCCAAGGAGGAGCCCAAGGGCCCCCGGGGCAGCCAGGAGUCCGGGCUGGGCCGCGGCGGCGGAGGCGGCGGCGGCGGCGGAGGCGGCGGGGGGAGCAGCUCCAGCUCCUCCAGCAGCAGCAGCAGCGUGUCCAGCGGCGGCGACGAGGGCUACGGCACCGGCACCGGCGGCGGCAGCAGCAGCUGCAGCGCCACGUCGGGCGGCCGGCGGGGCAGCCUGGAGAUGUCGUCGGACGGCGAGCCCCUGAGCCGCAUGGACUCGGAGGACAGCAUAAGCAGCACUAUUAUGGAUGUAGAUAGCACAAUUUCCAGUGGGCGUUCAACUCCAGUAAUGAUGAAUGGGCAAGGAGUUCCUGCCUCCUCUGCAAAAAGCAUCGCUUACAACUGUUGUUGGGACCACUGCCAUGCUUGCUUCAGCUCCAGCCCGGAUUUGGCAGAUCAUAUUCGCUCCAUACAUGUGGAUGGUCAACGAGGAGGGGUGUUUGUUUGCUUGUGGAAAGGUUGCAAAGUGUAUAAUACACCUUCAACAAGUCAAAGUUGGUUGCAGAGGCAUAUGCUGACACACAGUGGAGACAAACCUUUCAAGUGUGUAGUUGGUGGGUGCAAUGCCAGCUUUGCAUCUCAGGGAGGACUUGCCCGUCACGUGCCCACACACUUCAGCCAGCAGAACUCUUCAAAAGUUGCCAGUCAGCCAAAGGCCAAAGAGGAAUCUCCAUCUAAAGCUGGAAUGAAUAAAAGAAGAAAGUUAAAGAACAAGAGACGACGAUCAUUACCAAGACCUCAUGACUUCUUUGAUGCACAAACACUGGAUGCUAUAAGACAUCGAGCCAUCUGCUUUAACCUCUCAGCACAUAUAGAAAGUUUAGGAAAAGGCCACAGUGUUGUAUUUCAUAGUACUGUAAUAGCUAAAAGAAAAGAAGAUUCUGGAAAAAUAAAACUCUUGCUUCAUUGGACACCAGAGGACAUUCUGCCUGAUGUGUGGGUAAAUGAAAGUGAGCGACAUCAGUUAAAAACUAAAGUAGUUCAUUUAUCAAAACUACCAAAAGAUACUGCCUUGCUUCUGGACCCAAACAUAUACAGAAAUUCUAGUAAAGGAGGUACAUACAGUGGAAUCCUGAAAGAUCACUUCUGUUAAGAUCACAUACUGAACAAUGCCCCAGAAGAGGUUGAAGAGGUAAAAACCAAGCAAGUGGGGACACCUUCAGUCUUAGUCACUGACAAUGGAUUUAGAAAUAAAGUUGCACAUUAGUCAAAUCCCAUCCUUUUUUUCUUUUUUUUAGAUAAAUAUUUAUGCUUAGUGUAAACAUUCUGUGAAUGAAGUUGAUGCUUCCGUGGAAUAUAUUAAUAUAUUACUGUAUAUCCACAUUUUCAUGGAAUGGUACAGUGGGAGACUGAGCAAACACUCUUCUGGCAACUUAGUGGAACAACUGAAAGGCUUUGCAUGCUUGCUUCCUUAAGCUGCUUUUUUCUUUAGUGAAUACAGUAGUUCAUAUUUGAUGAAAAGAAAAAGUAACCAUCACCAUUUACUCACAAUUCCCAGGAGAACUGUUAACAAGCUAUUAGGCUUCUUGUCAAUAUUAACAAAAUAUAAUAUGCCAGACAAUAAAACAGCUAGCAAGGGAUUAUCCUGUUACCCUUUCAGUAUGGUGGAUAGUAAUCAUUUGUCAUUUGUAACCUCGUGUCCUUUCUCAGAUCCGUAAGAUAUGUUGAAUUAUAAUGUUUAAAAAAAAUGUUGAUGGAAUGCUUGUCUUUUCCACUCAACUACAAAUACACAUAGUACGGUUUAAAGAUGUUAAGAGUGUUGCAGUAUGUCUGAUCCCCUUUUCAGGAGUAGUAUAGUAUGUUAAUGAGAUCUUCUCUUAUGUGAUCUGUAUCAAUGGACGGUUUUUGAAAAACCUCUACUUAGCAGUUAGUGUUACUGGUGUUUUAUUUUACUUUUUUGUCCCUGUAGAACCCCCAUUCACUUGUAAAGUAUACUUUUUUAUUUGGCCUAAUGUUUUCUAGAUGUAAAGAAAAUGGUAUUUUUAAAAAAAUAUAUCUAGAAAAUCAAUCCUUUAUGCACCAAAGUUGGCUUUGAAAAGAAAAAUAAAAUCAUUUUCUUGCUUAAUAAGCAAGAAGCCAUGGAUUUUUUUAACUGACAAAUAGAGAUGUGUCUAACCUGUUAGUCUUUGUAUGGAGACAAAAAUGUUGCAUAUAGAUGAUAGGACAUUGCUUGUAAAUAUUUCAGCAGAUUUGUAAUAUAUUUUUAUAUUAUGAAAUGUACUGUAGAUGUUUUUCUAGAGGCAUGAAAGUUAAAAUGUAUAUAUUACGGUAGAAAUAAUAUUGAAGGAUAUUGUAAUUCACUAGUGCUGCCAGAAGAAUUGUUUAAAAAAGCACCUUCCUUAACAAUAAAAAAAAAAAACUUCUUUUACAUACCUAAGGGACUAUAUACUACUGUUAAUAUCUGUUGUAAGAACAAAAAUACAUUGAACAUCCUUCCCAGAAAUCUUAGAGGGAUGAAUAGUACCCAUAAUUAAUACAUGGCGCUCCUUUCUAAUAGUGAACAAGAAGUUAGUUUUUUCCUUGCUAUUGGAAGGAACUAAUAUGUAAAAUUUGUAUGGAUAUAUGCAGUCAAACUGCAGAGUUAGUCCUCCUUAUUGGGGAGGAAUUUACUACAGUGAAACUAAUAACCAGCAGUUUUUACACUAAAUUUUUAUUAAAUAGAAUAAAAGUUAGAAGUAACCCUUUGGUUGCAAAAGUGAGCAUAUCCUAAUGUAAUACAAAUGCGUUCCGCAUUGGUACUGACACGAGAGUCUUGCUUAGCACCAAUGGGUUAAAAAUGUUACUUAUAUACAUGAAAAAAAAGUCUUAUCAAGCAAAAUAAAGUGCAGAUUAAAAGCACCACUAAUAUAAGAUGUUCUGGAAUGGUUGUUUAAUAAGGGUAUUACUCAUAAAAUCUGUAGUGAUGUGACUUUAUUUUUGGAAAAAAAAUGCAGUGUUUUUUUUUUUGCUUGAGCACUUCACCUACUGCUUUUUCUGUACCUAUAAAGUAAUCCGCAAUCUUUGUUUCUUUUAUGAAUUUGUUAUAAAAUUGCCAAAUAGAAGUGUUUCAGAUAUAGUUUGUAUUUGUAUUUUUUUAAUUUUAUUGCUUCAUGAGUUUCUUGUAAGUCAUUUAUAAUUGACAGAUGAUUGUAGACCUUGCCUGAGUAUUUUUUCUAAUAAAACAAAGCAAACAAACCUCAUUAGCUUCAAAAUUGUAAGAUUUCAAUGAAGUUUUCAAAGGUAAAUGUAAGCAUGUCACUGUCUCUUUUAUUUUGCCCCUAAGUGGUGAAACACACUUAAAUAUUUAAAUACUUAUCUGAUGUUUUCAUAAUACAACUUCUCUCUUGGAGGGAAAAAAAUUUAAAGGUGUAAAAUCAAAACACGUAGGAACAAAUAGAUACGCUGGGAUUAAUUAACCUUGUCAUAGUAAUCAAAAGGAAAGUGGAUUUCUGGCAAUUUUAACUUGAAGUCAUCCAAGUGAAUUAGUAAAACCAUUUUAACCAU